UACUAAGAGUCGCCAUGUUUAAACAAUAUGGCGGAACGUGUGUGGGAAAUAACGUAACAUCAUGAUAUUACUUCGAUCAAUAGGUUAGCCAGGGUGUAGAGACUAAGGAGGGAAACACUGGACCGGACGAGUAUGGACAGUCCCCCCUAUGACAAGGACGAACAGUCCGAUGAUCAGAGUGAGGUAGAGGAAUCAACUUAUCGUGACGAGCCAGAGGAAGUUGUUUCCGGAAUGUCUGACUCUGAUUCGGAAAGUGAUCAGGAGGUGGAUCCAGACGGAACCGACUCUGGUUAUGACAAUAAUGAUGGCGGCGGAGGUGGUCCAGAGCUGUCCCUCAUGGACGGGGUGUCGAUUCUGGUCCAACAGCCUCUGGAGCUGGAGGGUGAAGGGGAUGAUUACGGAGAUGAAGAUACUGGCAUUAGCACACAGGCAGACGACGCAUCAGAAUAUGAAGGCGAGGGUAGUAGUCGCACGGAACAGCUGCAGCAGACCGACCUAGAAAAGAAAGAAUUGGAAAAAAAAGCAAAGAAGAAGAAGAAAAAGAAAAAAAUAUACUACAUUUGUCUUGCCAACUGCAAGUAUGAUGUUGUACGGAAGGUGUCUCGUAAGUUUGGUUUUAAAGAAGUUGGUGAGGAUGAGGACUGGACGCUCUACUGGACAGACUAUUCAGUGGCAUUGGAGCGGGUCAUGGACAUGAAAAAGUACCAGAAAAUUAAUCAUUUUCCUGGGAUGAGUGAAAUUUGUCGAAAAGACAUGUUGGCAAGAAACUUGAACAGAAUGUUAAAAUUGUUUCCCAAAGAAUACAACGUCUUCCCGAAAACCUGGUGCCUUCCUGCCGAUCAUGGUGAUUUCCUGGCAUACACACGACAGAAGAAAAACAAGACCUACAUCCUAAAGCCAGAGACUGGUUGUCAGGGCAAGGGCAUCUGGGUCACAAAGAAUCCCAAGGAAAUCAAACCCCACGAACAUAUGAUAUGUCAGCAAUAUAUGUGUAAACCUCUGUUACUAGAUGGAUUUAAAUUUGAUUUAAGAAUCUACGUGCUAGUCACCUCCUGUGAUCCGCUGAGAAUAUUCCUCUUCAAAGAUGGCCUGGCUCGGUUUGCGACAAAUAAGUAUAAUGAACCAACCAACAGCAAUAUCGAUAAUGUUUUCAUGCAUUUAACAAACUAUGCCAUCAACAAACACAGUACAGAUUUCAUCAGGGACGACGAGGCAGGAAGUAAAAGGAAAAUCAGCACUGUGGACAGAUACAUGCGUGAAAAGGGAUUUGACAUUGAUAAAAUGUGGAAUGACAUUGAUGAUGUCAUCAUAAAGACUCUUAUAUCAGCUCAUUCUGUUCUCAAACACAACUACCGCACAUGUUUCCCGAACCACGUGAAAGGCAGCGCCUGUUUUGAGAUCCUCGGAUUUGAUGUUCUGCUAGAUAGGAAGUUACGACCCUCAAUACUUGAGGUGAAUCAUUCUCCUAGUUUUAACACGGACUCGGAGCUGGACAGGGAAAUCAAAGGUGCUUUGGUGUGGGACACACUCAACUUAGUCAAUUUUGGUGCUUGUGAUCGCCGUAGAUGUAUUGAAGAAGAAAAGCGGCGUAUUAAGGAGAGGCUUCUGGGAAGAGGCGCGAAAAAGGAAACCAAGGAGGAGCUGGAGUUGGCUCAGGCCCAGUAUCUGGAGAUAUUGGAGAGGUACGAGAAUGGACACCUUGGAAAUUUCAGGCGGAUCUAUCCGGCACCUGGGUGGGAGAAGUAUGACAAGUUUUUCCACAGUAGUGGGACUCUGUUCCAGGAAACUGCUGCCUUCAAAGCCAGGAGCGAAUUAGCAAGACAACAAAGGGAUGACAUAGCCCGGAAAAAAGAAAAGUUAGAAUCCAUGUUAAAAGGAAAGAAAGUAAACACAACUGGUCUACGGCCAGAGAGUCCAAACAGUCGCCGAAGACGGACACUUCGAAGGACAACCAUGCCUUCCCGACGUCUCCUAAGCUCACGUAACAGUCUAGAGGUGAUGGGCAGUGAAUCUUCCCGUCAGGUGUAUGACGAACCGGUGGACACGUCAAAGCCAAUGGACAUCCUAGAAGAGGAGGAGCUUGAGAGAAUCAGUGGCCUUUUACAACGUGACAAUUUGGUUCGCGGUCUCGGCAUCGUGGAGCAUGUUUACCGCCUCCUACAUUGUACGCCCGGUACCAUGGGGGUCUUGAAAACAGACUCUCGUGCUCUUCCGCCUCCCCUGAUCUACAUCCAUAAUCCAUUAGCCACAAGACCAGAUUCACAGAGUGAUCGUGACCAGGUUACUUCUGGAAGCCACGGUCAUCAUCAUCACCUUCACUCCAUUAACACUGUAGAUAGCUCUAACACUAGUUGUUAUGCCUCUAUGCUUGGUUCCGUUGCACUGCACCCGUAUAACAUGCCCUCCAAUCAAAUCACACCUGUGCCCCAGCCAUAUCUGCCCCAUCCCUAUAACUUAUCCUCCACCCACCUAACGCCCAUCCCUAGAGGUUACAGACGUCGGGGCGAUGCCUCCGCGUCCAAUAAUGUUAGUUAUACUCGUUUAGUGCCAUUUUCACAAUCAUCUGCUCCUUUGUCCUCCACAAUGCAGCCAACCUAUGGCUCGUCAAGCCGAAGUACCGCCUGGCAGGGGAAGUCGGGCAGCCUGGGUAGCCUUAACGAGAAGACGGUGCCCUCUUACCAGAGAAGCAAGUUUGGGAGGAAACCCCUCGGAGGAGCCAACAGGUCUGCUGGAGGGACGUCAAUUAUCCCGGAGACAGAGUACCGUAAUAAUAUGUCUCACCUGAUGGAUACAGAGGCUGAGAGGGCUCGACUGCUGGCAAAAAAUGGAUACACGGCGACGGGAGAGUGGCGCUCUGACAACACCACGCCCAGCGCUUCACAUAAACGCACGCUCAGUGCACACGGUCAGCGCAAAGAAGCUUUCAGUUCCAUCUACUCAAAUCGCACUGUGUGGCAGUAUCACCUAGAAAGUGUCCCAUUGGACACACCAAACAAAGGCCCUAAAUCCGCUGAAUCGUCAGGAAUCAACCUACCCAGAGUCCCAGCUAAUAGUGGGCCGCAGGGUCUAUCAGUGGUCUCGGCCCCUGCACCUGUAGUCCAGCGCCCCGAGCUCGCCUCCCGGUCCGAACUUGAGUCCCCAGGAGCAAUGUCCAUAACGAGAGUCGGCUCUAACCAAUCAAUGCCUGAGAGCCAAGGUAGCUCCGCCCACCUGCGGUCGACCAAGUCCCAGAGGAUACGUGGUGCGACAAAUAACUUAAGACUUCGGCAGCUGGAACUUAGGGAAAACCAUGCAGUGGUGUUUAGCUGAAAAUUCAUAAAACCAAAAAUGUGAAGUAUUACAUUCAGUAUUAUAUGCCAAAAGAAACACUUUGUUGGUUGUGUGAUGUGGUGAUUUAAUUCUGAUAAAAGCGAUUUCUUUCAAAGUGGUUAGAUAUAUACUUUAAAACCAACUUGAAGAGGAGGUGUUUGACAGUGUGUGCACUGUACCACAUGUUAUGUGCACUGUACCACAUGUUAUGUGCACUGUACCACAUGUUAUGUGCACUGUACCACAUGUUAUGUGCACUGUACCACAUGCUAUACCAACAGGACAGGGGUUGUUUUAUUGGGCGAGAAGAUUUGUGCGUAUCUUCAGGAACCUUUCCAAAUAAGGCGUUCACAGAGUGUAUAAAAGGAGUGCCUACAGGCGAUUGUUAGUCUUACUGCUGCCUCAUGUUUGACAUUUUCGUGUUUAUUAUGUAGCCAUCAUUAAUUUUCAUUUUACUUAAUUAGCAUAUUGACAUUUAAUUCAAGUUUCAAAACUAAAUGUAUUAAUGCAAGAUGCGAGAUUGAGGCAAACAGUCAUGUUAGACGUGAUGGUCAACAAAAGUCCUGUGGACGAAUUGUAAGUAUACUGGGGUACUAAUCCUUGGUAAAACUUCUUUCACUCAUUUUCCCCUGAAAUCUCAUAAUGGGCUAUUCCAACCUUUGAAUUGGAAGAGUUCAAAUGUGUCUUCAGGGGUGAAUGAGUUAAAGGAUUUGCCUACGUAUCCUAGGGUUAAAGUUCCCAGUAGGAAUAGCCUACAUUUAAAAUGUGUUUUGCUAAGUGAGUACAAGAAACUUGAUUUUCUCGUACGUAUGUUACAAAAUGUAACAUUGCCUUAAAUUACCUCGAAGAACAGUUCUAUUACUUGUCAACAUAGAUAUAACAAUAAAAUACCAUUUGAUAAUGAAGAAAUAAAUGUAAAACAAUUAAUCAAAAUUAAUAAAAUCACA